AACUGAGAACAGGACCUGAAUCUCGGCGUCGUCGCCGCUAAACAGCACUCUUGAUGGUCGUAAUCCUAGUAGAUCGUGAUGCUUUGAAAUACAUACUCGUAAAACGCGCACGCCAACGUAAAGGUCGUCGAGACCGGAAAAUAGUGAAAAUACGAAAAAGAUCUAUAGUUCAGUGGAAAAAUAGAAAACCAGAUUGGAUAUUUCCGAACGUGUGUUUUGAUUUGACAUUUUCAUUACAAGCAUCUGACUGACCUAUAAACAAGCGAAUAGGAAGUUGAAAUUAAUAUCGAUGUAACUAGUCAUCACGAAACUUCUAUUUUGAUCGAUGACCGUUAAGAUGAACCUCGAUGUAAAAUCAGACAUAGCAUGGUGCGCCAAACCGAUCAUCGGUCAACAGACAAUCGGAACGCACGGAUUUAUGCCUGCCGUGUUUUGAGAAAUUCAUCCAGUUGGCAGCGUCCCAACGUCGACGUCGUAUGUCGCCGUCGACUGGCUAGAGUUGGGAAACUUAUUCCUUAUAGUUGCGUUUUAUCAACAAUGUUGAUUUGAAAUAAAGAUCCAAAUCAUUUUAGAACAACGAAUAACUAACCACGGUCACCUCGAGGACUUCCAAAACUUAUUAAAUGUGUAAAAUAUCGUAUCUUCGAAACUGGUAAAAAGUAACAGUUAGCACCGUAGCGUCUUAUCUUUACGUCGAGCAGGUUAUGACGGCGCGAGAAGUCGUGCUGGAAGGUGGUGCUCCGUGGGGUUUUCGCAUGCACGGUGGAGUUGAACAUAAUCAGCCGUUGAGAAUUUCUAGGGUUAACCCGGGAAGUAAAGCCGCACUAAAAGGAAUUAGAGAAGGAGAUUUGAUCUCGUCAAUUAACGGACAAUCCACGAAAUACGUAACGAAUUCAGAAGCCCACGGAUUUCUGAAAAAUGCAGGAGAAAUACUCAAAUUAGGAUUGAAUGAAGACCCAUGCGGAUCACCCAAAAGAAGACAGUACAGAACAGUACAUCAAGAAACAUUAGAAGAAACCGUGAAAAGAUCCAGUUUGACGACAUACUCAGUUUCUAGAACAUCCGAAGCUACUGAUUCGCCAACUGAAUCUCCUCACAAAACAGGACAAUCUUACUUAGAUGAUUCCACCAUCAUACCACACAGCGACUUAUUAGUGACAAAAAAAUCGACUUCUUCAAGUUCAUCAUCACCAACUCUAACAAAAGAAGAUCUGAAGUACACAUCGUCAGAUCAUGCACUAGCUUCACAAAGAUCUUCUUAUACAAACUGUACCAUAAGUCCAUCCAGUCCAUCUGUAUUAUCCGAAGACGGCAAAUGUAGCUGUAUCCCGAGCCAAGACAACAUAGACAAACAAAAUUUAGAUACUAACAUGGAUAGUCACGUUAAUUCAAAGUCGAAAAGACGAAGACAAAGGCGAAAAAAUAAUCGUAAACAGACAGAAUCUCUUGAAAAAAAUAAGCAAAAUUGUACAAUUAGUGAAACCACCGAAUCUGAAAGUAAUCAGGUAAAAAAUGUUGUUCAACAAGAUUAUAUCGUUCAAUCACCUGUUGAACUUACCGAAAAUAAAACAAAUACAAUUAAUAGUAACCCAAAACCAAUAAAAAGUAGAAGUUUAGACGAUGACGACAUGGUUAAAAUACAAGAAGUAUCUGAAGUUAGCGAAAAUGAAGAUAAAGAUACCCAAGCAGUAGUAUCAGAAGCAUCUGAAAGUGAAGUCGAAUGGGAAGAAACAUCCGAUUUAAAUACUGAUCCGCCUAUUCACGGUUCUCUAAGUAGUUCUACAAUACCUUUGGAAGUUUGUAGUAGCGAACAAGUAACGCUCAUGUCUCCUGAAGAAGAAAAAAAUCUCAGAGAUUUCCUCGAAGGUCUAAAUUUGAUAAACGGUCCUCUAGAAGCAGCAAAUCAAGUUAUAGAUAAAAAAUCGAUGGAUUCUUUAAAACAACGAAAAGCCAAAAAGAAAGCUGAACUACAAGAAUAUUUUCUACCAAUUUAUCAAAAUCCGCGAUAUCUCGAUGUGAUUAGCGAAGAAUCUAGCGAUCGUGACAGUGAUAAAGAGCAAAAUAAUAAAACUCACAUCCUAAGAAAAGGUACUCCAGAACAAGAUACACCUGUUCUACCUCCAAAAGUCCCACCACGAUUAAAUAGAGAGAGAAAGAAAUAUCUACCUCCAAUAGAACAAGCACCAGCAGUAUUAGUUGAUACCAAAUUGGUAACUAUACCUGCAGCAACAGAAUCGGUUUGCAGCACUUCAUUUAAAACAGAAGAAAAAGCAACUGCAGAAGAAGUUGAAAUUGUAUAUUUGACUUCAUCCGAAACAGAUUCUACAGAGGAAAUUGAUAGUGCCAGUAGUGAUAGUUACGUAAUCGGAUCUGAUGAUAAUAGUAGCGUUGAAGAUUUAAGUGAAAAGACUAUAAUAAAUGAAGAAACUGACCAGAAACUAAAGUGUAUUCAUUACACCGAUAACGUAGAAAUAAAAGAAAAUAAAGAAAUAAAUUCACCAAACGAAAGAUUAGAAACUCGAUCAUCUUCACAUUGUCAAUUUAUCUUGAAAAGCAACAAAACUUUCAACGAUAACAAUGAAUCUUCUAUAACUGUCGAUUUAUCAUCACAACUUACUCCACCACCAACACCAGAUAACGUAUCUCCAAAAGUUACCAAAAAUAUUAUUCCGAUACAUAUAACUGAUAUAACAAGGAAAGAGAAAUCCUCGGAAUUAUUACAAGAGAAACAGCAUUCGUCGUUUCCCGAUGAAAAUACUAUCUAUACCAAUAGUAUAACCCCACCACCACCAUCUAGAUCAAGUUCUUCUUCUAGAAGCGGUAGUUCAAGUAGAGAAAGCUCCCAAUGUACAGCUAAAUAUAAUCCAUCAAAUUCUUCAAUUACAGAUGUAAUUUCAUUAUCUAAAAAUGAAGAAAAGCAAUACUACCAAGCUCUAACGCUCAGAGAAAUAUGCUUGAAAGUCCUGUUAGCAUUACCGUUUGGAAAAGAAGUGCUGGAAGAACUAGCUGACGUCUCUAAAUACAUAGAAUCCUAUACCAAAUCUCUACCCAGUUAUGUCUUACCUAAAUUAGCUCCUAACUUAGCACAGUGUGAUGAUAAAACACAAACAAACAAUAAUAUUUUUUCUUAUAACCUUUCAGUCCAUUUACCUCCCAAAAAAUUACCAGAAGAUAUAAUCAACGUCGAAGAUAUUAUUAAAAAAAACGAUAAAGAAGUUGAUAGAGAUAAAUCACAGAAAAUUGAAAGGAUAAUACCGAUAGAACAACAAUGUAUAAAAAGUACUGAGACGAAAUGUAGUAAAGAAAUUAUUAUUCCAAUUGAUAUUAUUAAUAGUGAUAAGUUUUGUGGAAAAAUAGAACCUAAAGAAAGAAUAAUACCGAUUCAACAAGAAAUAAGUAGUGAACAGGAAAGUGGAAAUAAAAUGAGUGGAAAAGAAAUGUAUAUGAAGAAAUUUAGUGAGGAAAUUAAUAUUUCAAGUGGAAUUAUUGUUGAUGAUGAAUUAAUUAAAAAAGGAGAUACCAAAGAAAGGAUAAUACCAAUAAAAAAAGUUGGCGAAGAAAACGAAAGUAGAACAGCUGAAGAAGCCGUGAAUAGACAAGAGGUCAAUAUGAAAAAAUCUAGUAAAGAGAUUAAUAUUCCAAUUGAAAUUAUUAAUGGCGAUAGAUCUAAUAACAAAGAAGAUACUAAAGAAAGAGUAAUACCAAUUCAACAAGAAAUUGAUUGGGAAAGCGGAAGGAAUAAAGAAAAUAAAGGGAGUCGAAAAGCAAUCAAUAUACCAAUUAUCAAAGAUUGGGUCGGCAUACCAACUGAAAACGAUCCUUCUUUGCUACUUUGCGUAUCGCCUAAACAAAAAGAUGUUUUAGAUAAGACUAAACAAAUAUCAAACGAAGCUGGAAAGCUAUUAGAACUCCACGAAAAAUUCGUAAACAGAAUAAAUUCUCAUGAAGAAGAAAAAAAGAUAACUGUCACUACAAAGCAAUCGGACAAUUCCAGUAGACUUCUUUCGAUAAUUCGAGAAGAACCAAUUGCAUCAAAUAACGAUAAAGAUUAUAUAUAUUUCGUAGAAAAAGAUCCCAAAGACGGCCACCUGGCUACUUUACCUCGAAACGCUAGUAAAUCCCGACUGAAUGCUAAGGAUUUAACUGAAUGGCUUAAUUUAGCGCGGAACAAAAGUAUGAGUGAAAGCAAUUUGACCACAGCUCCGGAUAUUCCCGAAAAUAACUUAAGAAAUUAUCUCAAUAUACCAGCGGCGCCUAGGAGACGUACGUCGCUUCCUCACGAUAUUUACGAAAAACAAAUGCUGUAUAUACAAGAAAAAGAGAGAGAAAUUCAGGGACAAUUAGAGGCGUUGGAGGAAGAAAAAAGGAAAUUAAACUCCGAGAUGAUUUCCUCUAAAGAGUUUCAUGUCGAAGAUUACAAUUUUUCGCGUAAAGGCGAUUACGCAGAAUCCAAAAAACGACCAACAUCGAUGCCUUUAAUACCGACGGAAUAUUUCCGUCAACAAAUGUUUGAAGAAUAUAUGGAUAAAUUCGCCGAAAGGGAGGAUAGAAAACAGCACAAAAUAAUCAAAGUCACUUCUUCCAAAGAUAUUAAUGAAGAAAAAAAAACAACGCCGAAAAAAGAAAUUAUACACCCGAUUCAAAUAGAAGACGAAUUUAUGAAUAAAGUUAAACAAAAACAACAAGAAGGAAAAUUGGAAAAAGUGAAAAGUUUAGAUAAAGAAAAAGAGAUUGUAGAACAAGAGCAAAACGAACCGCCGGUACUAAUUAUGGACGGUGAAAAACUGAAGGAGGCCAAGGCAUUACCGAAACAUUUACAAGAGUUCGUUGGACCUGACGGUAUCUGGUCGCCGGGGCAAAAAAUAGAUUUCUCUCCAAUUAAAGAAUCAAAUCACAAAGAAUACGACAGACAAGAUGAAUCUAUUCCACCGGUUUGGACUCCGAAGAGUGCUAAUUCUAGUCCAGUUGCCGAACGUAAAGAGUUUCGUCCAAUUAGUUUCCAGUCUCCUGUGCUAAAUAGAAGAAACAGAACUUCAUCAGAGAGCCUAGGAUCGAAGUCACAAGCUCAGGUACCACCUUGGAAUAACUUGGAUUAUAACAGCGACACAGGAUCGGCGUCUUCAAUUUUAGAUCGAAAAUUAACCACCAGCUAUUCCACUCCCGCGACCGGAUUUAGCGACUUUUCUGGUACCACUCGUCUCCCUAAAGCACAAAAUCCUACUAUAACUUUACUUCAGAAAGCUAGAGAAGGCCAGCUACCCAAAGGGGCUCAUUAUAUUGAUCAAGAACAAAGACAAUUUCAGCUUAGACCGAAAAGUGAUAAGCCACCUGUAGCUGGACCCAGUGAAAUAUUAUACCAAAUUAAAAACGAACAUACGAGCGAAUCCGAUACCGAAAAACCUCGUAAAAUGACGGAUUUAGGAUCUAGGAAAUUCCAAGGAAUUGGACCUGUCAGUAGAGACGGCAUGCCCUUGGUUCUUAGAUCUGAGGUGAAAGAUCAAAAUCAAUCGAAAUGGUACAAACGGAUGUACGAUACCAUUCACAAACAAAAACCCCAUAAUGACGAAUAUGUUACAAUUCGAUAUAAACAAAAAAGAGCACAAUACCCUUAUACUUCUGGUUACCUUUCCGAACCGGAGCCGGGAGCAUACGACAGCGACUUCACCGACUACAAAUAUCAAACACUUGAUAGAAGACGACCUGUACCACAAGAUAAAUCUGCAAACUACAUAUCCUCAACAAUGCCAAGGCCAACUGUAAAUAGAUCGAUUUCCUCCGACAUUGUUAGAAAUACAAGUUCAGAUUAUAAAAAUCUGCCGGGUAAGAUAGAAAACUAUACUCCAGGGCAUUCCUCUAUAUCAGAUAAAGAAGCAAAACAGUGGUGGGACGAGGUCAUGGACAUAUUUGACGGGUGGCUAGACGAUAACUCGGCUCUUCCCAGUUAUGAAGUCAUGUUCGCAAGGGCGCUGUCGAGAUCUCAUUUAGAACAACAGUCAAGAAUCCAGUCUCAUCCGAGGAGCUUCAUUAAUCAAGCCCUUAAAGAAUCUGGAUAUGAAAGUGACUCGACGUUGGUAUUUAAAAGAAGAGAAGAAGCGAUGCAGCAACUUAAUCCUAACCAACAAAAAGAAGCCUACAAGGUGAUUCAAAAAGGCGGCGAUGUUCCUUUGCAAGGUCUUCGUAAACCUGCUCCUGAACGACCAAAAGAAACCGAUUUUGUGGAGUUUUUUCCAAUAUCAUCGACAUUAACCAGAGUGAGACUCCAUAAAAACAUAAAACCUCAAAAAGAAGUACUUUGCUAUCCGAUUACUGUUCAACAUAGAACGCAAAAUACGUUUUCCAAUUAUAAAAGAACAGCUCCUUCAACCGCUAUACCUACUCCUCCUCCAAUUCCACCUCCAUCUCCACCUCGAAGGAAAUCUUCCAGAAAUAAUCCGACUUUAAGAUUAGUAUCCACAUUGAAAGUUAAAUCUGAAAAAUCGCCGAUUUGUAAAAGGCACGAAACUUGUUUUACAACAAACUCAAACAUCGACAAAUCCAAAAUUAACUAUCUCAGAGAUAAAAUAACUUGCAAAUUAUCUCCGACUCCUAAUAAAAGAAGCCCAAGUCCAAAAUUGAGGGUGAUCAAAAAAAUUACAGCUCCAUCAGAUCUCAAGAAUAAAAUUACAUCUACUGUUACAACUUCUAGAGAUUCGACGAAUUCAAUAAGACGAAUUCACAGUAAAACAAAUAUUCAAAGUGGUAGAUCAAAAUCAUCCGAUUCCCCGAGAAAUACUUCAACCAAAAGAAGUCCUCUAACCUCAUCGAUGGAAAGUUUGAACGCUUCGAGAGGUACUACAAAAACUUUCGGAACUGAAAAGAAGAAAUUCAAUCUCAAUUUACAAACAACUAAAUUAGCUAAAUCCCCCGAUCUCGUUUCACCUACUGAAGUCAAAAAAGCUUCCAUGAUGAAUUUAACUCAAGGAACUAUUUACAAAAAAACGAACGCGCCUCUUUCUUCGUCUAAAACGAAUGGUAAAACCAAAGAAUAUAUACCUAUAAAGGUGGGAGUAUCUGAGAGGGGAAGAAAUAUAUUAAAAACAAGCAUCACGUCUUCUUCCAAAGUAAAAAGAGCAUCACCUUCUUCGUCACCUUCGUCAUCAACAAAAACAGUAUCUCCAAAACUACAAAAAAAGAAGCUUACCACAAAACCGGCGAAAGUAAAAGACUCUAAAGAAAAUCAAAAAUUUAAAAAGGAAAAAAUGAACGGAGAAAUAAAAAAAGAUACAAAAUCUGCUAAACCAAAAAUAAUACAAAGUCAAAAAAAGAAUAAAACCAAAGAAGAAGAUGCCUCUACGUCAAUACUGAAUGAUAUUCGUAAACAAAAGAAAUGUAUUGAAAGCAAUCAUUUCUUCCAGAAUCUAUUUUUAAGAGAUUCCUCCCCAACACCUUCGUACCUCACCAAAAGUUCGUGGAUUGUGGAAAAAACAAACCAAUUGCACCGAAGAAGAUCCUCAUUUCCAGAACCGAGUAUCAGUGCUAUGAAAGUAUAUCUUAAACACACUAAACCAGUUAGUGAAUCUAAAUUUGUGAGUCUAGAUAUGGCUGCGAUACGCUCUAGAUCAGUUAGUCCUAAAUCCGUUACAUUUAGCGACACCUCUAAGGGUGUAAAUAGAGAAAUUCCCAAAAGAAGUUCGAGUUUACCGGUCAAAUUAGAUAGUCCGAGAAAAAAAAUGAUAUUUUCGGAAACUAGUAGACCAAUAUCUCCUGUAAUACAGCACAAGAAAUUACUGUCUCCACCUCCAUCUCCAAAAUUAUGUAGAUCGCCAUCUUGUAGAAAAAUAAUGCAAUAUAAGAGUCAACAAACUGAUAACAAAAAUUCGGAUCUUUCACUGUAUAUGUGUCCGAGUUUAAAUUACAGUAAUACCUCACUAGAUUCGUUCAAAAGUGAGGAUUUCAAUAAAUAUUUUCCCGAACAAAAUCCAAAAUCUCACGAUAAAUUCAGAGAUUUAAAUCAUUUUUAUUCGGAAAUAGAAAAAGUCGGUGAAUUGGAAAAGAUUUUCAACGUUAAACCGAGAAGAAGGUGUGAAUCUGAAAUCAUUGAUUUCGAUAGAUGGAAAGAAGUAAGAACGCGCGAACGUGCCGAACAAGAAUUAGAUUCACUCUACAACCAAAUAAAGCAAGAAGAAAAAGAAAAAGGAUUUUUAUAUAUUCCCAAAGACGUCGCACGUUACAAAUGGAAAAAAGAAUGCGAUAGAGGACUUAGAAUUAAAGAAAAAUCAGUCGAUGAUAUAAAGGAAGAAUUUGAAAAAAUAAAAAAUGAAAAAUCUACUCGGGAAAUUGCAAAAAGAAAAGAAAUGGCUCUAAUAAAAGACACAUAUAAACCUCUAUGGAGAGGAUAUUCGGUUGUAAAUAUGGUUAAUAAUAUAGCAGAUCGUCGAUCGCAUUCCGAAGGAAGAAUUAAAUCAACCAAACAAAACUCGAACGAUUCGGAAAAUAUAUUUCCGCAUGGAAUAGGCACUAAACUGUGGAGUAGUCUUUCCAUGGAACAAAUUAAUAUUUUAAAAAAUCAAUUAGCCGAAAUUUACAAUAACUAUCCGAAAAACAGCGACGAUUGCAUCAUCCACGUUCCGAAAGAAAAGAAAACAUCGUAUGUACCUACAUUAACAGUUCGAAGAAACUCAGAUUCAUCCGAUCGUAUCUACAAAACUAAUAUUAAUAAAAAUAACAGUAUAACAGAAAAUGAUAAAAAGAUGAUUUCGUAUACUUUAAGUAAAGAGAUUUUAGAAAAAAUUGGUAAACGCAAAGAAACGUCCUUACCAUUAGUUAUUGGAAAAGAAGUUUUAGGAGCAGUCGCAACAGCAGACGCAAAUAUAAAAGAAGUAGAAGUAGAAAAACAACCCAAACAACCUAUAGUAAAAACAAAUGCUCUUUCUAACGCUAAAAUAUCUUUUAGUGAAACUGAAAGCGGAAGCACGGAUGAAAGUACAAAAACAGUUAUUUGUACAGAACAAAAUAAGGACGUUAAAAAGAAAGUAGAAUAUUUCGAACAAGCAAAAGAACACCAACCAUACAUCCCAACUGUUUAUAAACCUGCUGAUGAUUGCUCUAACCAUUCCCCAACGGAAAUUCCACAAAAUAAACCUUUAUCCCAAUCAAAGUCGGUACAGAGUUUUAAAGAAUAUUUUGGCGAAAGAAAUUUAAUGAAAUUCGCGACAAUACCGUUAUCGGCUAGUAGAAAACAAAAAUUUUCUCCGAAAAAACCCGAACUCCGAGCUAUCGAAAUCAGCCCGAUUCGUUCGGAAGUUUCAAUCGACACCAUAAGCAAUGAUAGUCUUUGUAGAAGUAGGUCGAUUUCACCUUAUUCGAAUGAAAUAAAUGAAAAACCCCCAAUCAAAACAGGCGAAGUAUCGCGUCUUCGAAACAAAUUCGAAUACGAAGAUAUUUACGGCAACGUUAUCCUAAGAAGAUCGAAAAGUGAAUCAGAUAUGCAUAAUAUGCGAUCAAAUUACAAUUUCGGUUACGUAGAUACUUUAAGAAGGAAAUACGAGUUUCCUGCGUAUUCGGGAAGAGGUAGGAGUCGAACAAGAAAAGGUGGCGUUGUAUCCCCGUUAUUUUUAAGAGCCGAAGAUAGAUUCAUGCCUCACAUCAACAUUAUAAGUAAAAUAGCGAGUCUUUAUACCAGAAAAAAUACCAAAAACGGAAAUGAAAAGUAUAAAAAAAGCAUGGAAGAAUUAGCCGAAAUUCUCGGUUGUCCCUUAGGAGAAGUAGAAAAACUACGUGAGAAAUUCGAUAGUCAAGAAGAUAUAUCUUUAAUGGGUCACAUGUACACGUCUUCCCCAACUAUACACGAACUAAAAGAUAUAGCUCCUUAUUUAACAGCCGAUUGGACGGCUCAUAGAUACCCGAGAAUAGAAGAUAACACAAGAUCUUUAUCGUCUCCGGAGCAUUCAGUAGCAUCCCGAGAUACAUCAUUAGUUCGAAAAGACAAACGUAGACCUAAAUCAACCUCACCCUUUCCGGAACCACUCAAAUCUUCCUCAAUUCUGAAACCUCUUCAACAACAUCCCAGGUACAAAAAUGGGUGGAGUGUUUGCUCGAAACCGACGGUUUCGUUCAAAGACCCAGAACCUCCCGUUCCGCCACCCAAAGGAGUAUCCUCAAGAAGUCUGGCUCCAGAAUCGCCAAGGAAAUAUGUGGAAAACGAAGUAACGAUCCAUUACAAGACGCCCGUUCGUCAAGAAAUCAAAGAAUACGUAAGCGAAGACGAGCUGGCGCAUCGACAAGCAGAGGCCAUGAAGAAAAUCUAUCAAGAAGAGAGGCGGAAGAAAUAUCUGCAGGUUAGCAAGUCACUUCAAGAACUUCAAGACAUGAAUUCCAGACGACACACAGACAAUUUUAUUCCCUCCCAAAAAUCUCCAAUAUCCCUAAAUAGAUACGACGACUUCGACGAUCUUAGCCCUUCGUUGAAACAAAGACCUCGAUCUCCAGAUCCUCGUAUUUGCGCUAGAGCCCUUUACAAUUUCGUCGGUCAGUCGUCUAGAGAACUAACUUUCCGAAAAGGUGACGUCAUUUAUCUCAGAAGACAAAUCGACAAGAAUUGGUAUGAAGGUGAACUGAACGCCAUGGUUGGACUUUUUCCUGCUAAUUAUGUAGAAAUUAUACCAUUUGAAGGUUUAAAGGCGAAAUCUACUCUUCGAAAGGCCCACGAAGGACAAGCCCGAGCUAAAUAUAAUUUCGUCGCUCAAACCCACUUGGAACUGUCACUUGCAAAAGGUGAACUGGUAGUAAUAACGAGAAAAAUAGAUGAUAAUUGGUUUGAAGGAAAAAUUGGUGGAAGGAAAGGUAUCUUCCCUGCUAACUACGUUGAAGUUCUGAUCGACCCUCAAACGCCACCUCCUUCCAAUACGAAACCAGUAGCGUCUCCAGCGGCCCAUUCUCUUCUACAUAAUGGUUCUUUAGGCGGUAAAGAAUCGAUGGGUUCUCACAGCUAUACACCUUCGUUAUCGGGAACACAAUUAAGCUCUAGCUAUCACGCUAAACCGGUUCAAGUUAUUAGCAACAGUUCGUAUGGAAAUUUGAAUACCAACAAAAAUUCCUUACUCAGUCAAGCGCUCCAUAUAGAAACUCCAAGUGAACCAACACCAUAUCGAGCUUUAUAUAAGUACAAACCUCAAAACGAUGACGAAUUAGAACUGAAUGAAGGAGAUACGGUUUACGUUUUAGAAAAAUGCGACGACGGUUGGUACGUCGGUUCUAGCGAAAGAACAGGAGCUUUUGGUACCUUCCCCGGAAACUACGUAGAAAAAAUAUAGCAGAAGAAACCUUUAAUCUAUCUCGUGUAAAUGUAAUAAGCUACCAUAUGUGGUGCCUCAAUUGUCAAUCAUUUGAUUAAAGUAAUUAUGAUUGUUCUCAAUCAAUGUUUUAGUUAAGAACAGUUUCAAAACAUACAAUUGAAUUUUCAGUACAUCACAUAUAAAUAACAUUCUUUUGAAUUUAUUUCGUUCAUAUGAACGAAAUUGUCUUCCAUUUUGUUUUCCAGUACAAUCAUAUCACUUUAAUCAAAGUUAUAACACUAUUGACGUAAUGUGUGUAUCAACUGCCAAAUUUUUCAUAAAAAAUCCAACACGUUAUAAUUUACUCCAUCAUAUUCAAAGAAUCUCCAAACUACGAAAAAUUAGCAAAAUUUCAACAGCAAAAAGACAUAAUUUGACCCCCUGGAAAUUAUAUCUGAACGCCUAUGUUGUUAUUUCGACCGUCUUCCCUAAAAUGACGUUUGGCGACAAUAACAUAGACAUAGCAAUGACAUAGACAUACGUUAUUCGUGCACUUUCUGUAUUGAAAAGGUGUGCCAAGAAAGUAACUACCUCUGUUCUACUAGUAAAAUGAGAUAAAAGAAUAGAUAAAUAGAAGUUAGAGGAAACAUCUAUAACAUUUUAUAGAAAUAACUAUACUGAAACCUUCUUUGUGUGUCAUUAUAAUCUUGGAACACGACUUUUAUCGAUGCCCAGUCUAGUAAUAUUAUGUCUAUGGUUAAUGAGGAUCCGCUGAACUACUAUUGUGUGUCUUCAUUGUUUCUGUUUACUUCAAAUUUUCAAUUCACUAUUCAUAUUUACAGAGAAUUUGAACCUAGUUGUAAUUUUAAACUUUCAUAUUCAUCAAUAAGCUUGUACUGGAGCUCCUUUUAAUAUACUACAAGUAUAGUUUUAGAAAUUAUCAAAAAAACAGUUGAAAUAUUUGAAAAAACAGUUAAAAAGCGAUGAACCCAACUUUAUCCGAAGUUACUUUAGAGAGCUCUGGUAGAAUAAAACACUAAAAUGAACUAAAAUGCACAUUAUACAUCGAGUAGUCAAUUGAUAUACGUUUUGUAUAGUUUUACAACAAAUAAUACCUAAAAACAAUCAAAUCUCAUAAUUAUCAUAUUAUACAAUCUAAUUUUACCAAAGUACAAAAGCCUUUUAUGAUAUUAUUCCAUCGAAAACUAUUUCAAAACGAUAUUUAAGGAAAUAAGUGUAAAAAAAACAGUAACACCUUAAACAUAACCUAGAAAAUCGAAACAUUUUAUCAUUUGUUAGAUGUACAAAACUUGAAAUACAUUUAUACACACAAAAAAUCAUUUUUUUGUAUAUCCUUUAUUACCGUACUCUAUUGCAUACAAAUAUAUUAAUUUGAUGAUUGUCGUACUCGUACAUUCAGUGGCUUAUCUAAAAGGUGGGUCCAUGAGCACUACUUGAAAUAAUUUAGACAUUUAUUGUAAUCAUCCAGGUACAGAUCGUUUGCUAGUGUAUUGGGAUGAUCUAUUCUGAUACUUCACAAGCAACUUGUCAUUGUUAUACGAAGUUCUUUGCAGAGUUGUUUUAAUAAUUUUGAUUAGAAGCGCUGUUUUAUUUAUAUAUUUGUUUAUACCUAAUAACUUCUACAUCUUAACAAGUAUGUCAAUUAGUGGUUCUUAAUAAAAGUAGAGGUGUAGAUUUUUUUUUAAUUUUAUGAUGGAAUGAGUUUUAGUUGGAUUUGUGAGUAACUAAUACGUUGGAUUCUUUAAUGAUUUGAGCACAAUUUUUAAUAUUUCCGCCAAAGAAAAGCGUUACCUUUUCAGAAAAAAAAAAUAUAAAAUUUUACGUAUAUCAUUAGAAUUUAAGUAAAAGUCAUAUUUUCUUGAUAUUAUCACAAUAAUAACUAAAAAUUACUAACUUAGUUUUUAGGUAACUAACAAUUUGUUUAACUAAUAAAAAUCUUAGUUUUCAUAAAGAUGCAUUCUAGUCACUAGCCAAAAGGUAAUUUGUUAGCGUAGUAUAUACGAGGCGUCUCGAAAAGAGCUUAAAUUUUAUAAUAUUUUACCCUGCACCAAAAAGCGCUUAUGAGUCUUACAUGUCCAGUGAAUGACGGGAAAAAGUGUAUUUUUCAUAUACUAUAAUUUAUAACCACUUUCGGUCCUUAACAACCACCCCUUAUAAUAAUUAUUAUUAAAAAAUAAUUAUUAUGUUAUUAAACAAUUAUUUAAAUGAUUAAAUAAUAUCGAUUUGCAUCAAAAUUUGGAUUUAGGUUCUAUGUACUCUCUUUUUUAAAGUUAAGCUUAUGCCGGGGGUUGAUUUUUAUUUAUUAGGGGUGAAAACUUCCCCCCAUUCGAAAAAAUUAAUAAAAUACUAGUUUCGAGCGUGUAAUUAUCUGUAAAUACUUCAAAUUAACGUCGUAUAAAAAACUAUUCAUCAAUAUACAAAUAUGCAUGUUCUAGUUUCUACAAAAAUGUGCUUGUGGUUUUUCCCCAUAACUCGCUUAGUUUUUAAGCAAUCAAUUCUUUAAAAAAAGCAUUUUGUAGGUGUUUUUUACAGCUAUAAGGUCAUAUAAAUUAAUGUUUUUUUUAGAUUUUUGAAAAGGUUCAUGUUAAAAGGUACUCUGCGCAAACUCACGUAAACUUUAAACGGCCAUAUCUAACUCAAUUUUGACCAUAUAAAAAAAAAUUAAACGCCAAAAUUUUCAGAAAAUAAAACUUUUUGUAGUAUACAAAAUUUUACGUACCAUUAAUAGUUUUUGAGUUAUUUUGAAGAAAAUGCGAUUUUUCUCUAAAUUACGUAAAUGAUUUUCUCACUUCAAGCUCAAUUUUUCCCAAAAAUAAGUACUUUAAUGAAUUGUAAAGUGGCAACGAUUUUUUUCCAACGAAAAAAUAGAAAUUAUUCUCUACAUAACUCGUUUAGUUUUGAUGCUAGGAACUUCUGUAAUAAAUAAAAAUAAAGGUUUAUAAAAGUACUUUAAAAAAGUCUUAUAAGUUUUCCACGAAAAAUGCAUUGGUUUUUAGUUAUUUUGCAUAGAAACUUUUCAUUUUGGCGUUUGAAAAUACCAAUCAACUUUUAACAAACAAUAAUUCAUAAAUAAGCAUUUUUUUAUAUAAACUAUCAUCUUGUUAUCUACAAAUUGUUCGAUUAAAUGUAUAUUUCGCCAAUUACUCGCGAAAAAUCGUUCGGAAACGUGUUUUUCUCACCUAAAAAUUACUCGAAAAGUAUUGACUUGCAGAAAAAACUUCAUAGAAUAAAAGUUGCUUAGAACAAAUCAAUUUAUGGAUUUACGAACUUAUUUCCAAUGAAAAAUGUUUCACCAGCCCUCGGCACAGGGUAGAUUUUGAAAUAGAGGGUAAGUAGUGUGGGAUAAAUACACAAGAAAAUAGUCAUUGACUGGACAAUAUUUGAACAUUGUUCUUCCGUAAUUGUAGAUAUAGAUAUUAUAUAUAUGUAUACAUGAAAAAUUGAAUUAUUAUCUACUUAUAUAAAUGUGUGAAUAAUCUUCCGAGAUGUCGGUCGAUUAAUUUUUUCCCCAAAUAAUAUAUAAUGUACCUUCUGUAGAUUGACCGUGUUUUCUAGUUUCUAACCCCCACCUGUAUAAGACUUAAAUUAUAGGAGUGCCUUUUGAAUACAAUACUGACUUUCAAAGUAGUAAUAUUUUUUGAGAUAAAGUGGCAACAAGGCUAGUAUUUGUAAAAGAUCAUGUAAAAUUGUAAAUUACGUUAUAGAUUCAGCUAUGUUGCCAUUUUUUCUGUUGUUAUUGUUUACUCUCUAAUUUAUAUUUACAACGUUAGAUGAAAAUUAUAUUUUUUCGCUUUGUCAAA